CAGCUUGCUACUGACUUAAUAGAUAGUGAACAACCUUAAGUGAAAGCACCUCUUUAGCACUGCAGCAUCUCAUUGUCACCAUCUACUGGUGAACAGAUGAGGAGCAAUUAGAUGUUUAGAAUUUAUUUUCAAAAAGACUGAUAUAAUCCAAUUUUGAAGUAAAAAUAAAUCUAUUUAAAGCACAAACACAUUUCUAUUAAAAAUUGGCCUUUUCAAAAAACUAAAUGGUUAGAAAUGCAGCACAGUGGGAACGUGUGAUCAAGAUAUUUACAACAGAGCGCAUAUUUUGCAUAAACUACAGCCGAAUUUAGCUUUUUUUUACAUUAAAUAUACAAUUUGUAGCGCCUUUGUGUGUGUUUGUUUAUUAGACGCCAAGUUCCCACUUGGGAACAAAAGUCCUGCCGUUGUUUCCAGGGGGAACGUGUCGCACAGUUACUACAAGGAAGUGAACGACCCAAAAUAUGUAGUGCCUGUGUUGUUCGCUACCUUUUCUCCGGACGACACAGGGAACAAGAUUUUAUCAUGGAGACGACCUCUGAAAGUGAUUCUACGGCUGAGCGCUCUGUUGCAGCUCAGGUUCCUUUCCUCCACCUGUGUAACACUUUGGAGAAAAUCCAUAAAUCCAAGCUUCGUCCAGAGAAAUCCAAAAUCCUUGGCGAUUUCAUUGAGUCAUGGAGGAAGUUUCAUUCCGCCCUCCACAAGGAUGACCCUAAAACAACAGACUCUUUCUACCCAGCCAUGCGCCUGAUAGUUCCUUCUUUUGAACGCGAGCGCAUGGCAUACGGCAUCAAGGAGAACAUGCUGGCUAAACUUUACAUCGAUGUUUUGGGCCUCCCAAAGAACGGCCCAGAAGCCAAUAAGCUGUUGAACUAUCGAGCUCCAACCACAUCGCAGGGAGAAGCUGGAGACUUUGCUGGCAUGGCGUACUUCGUGCUAAAGAAGCGCUGCAGCAGCCAAGGCAACCUCAGCAUCAAAGAGGUCAAUGACUUUCUGGACUCAGUGGCCAUUAAUAAUGCUAGCAAGAAGAAGGAUCUCGUGAGGAAAAGUCUGCUGCAUCUCAUCACUCAGAGCUCAGCUCUCGAGCAAAAAUGGCUAAUCAGGAUGAUUCUGAAGGACAUGAAGCUUCAGAUCAGCAAAGAGACGGUUCUUCAAGUCUUCCAUCCGGAUGCAGCAGAGCUGUACAAUGUCAACACAGAUCUAUGUAAAGUGUGCCAACAGCUCCACGACCCCUCUGUGUCUUUAAGUGAAGUGUCCAUCGGUCUCUUCUCUGCAUUCAAGCCGAUGCUGGCAGCGGUGGCUAACAUUCGUAACGUGGAGAAACAGAUGGGAAACAGUGUCUUUUACAUUGAGACCAAACUGGAUGGGGAGCGUAUUCAACUACACAAAGAUGGAGACGUGUACAAGUACUUCAGUCGAAAUGGUUUCGAGUACACACAGCAGUUCGGGGGUUCCCCACUGGAGGGCUCACUAACGCCUUACAUCCAUAAUGUUUUCAAAAGCCACAUUGUGAACUGUAUCCUUGACGGCGAGAUGAUGGCAUACAACCCGAGCACAGAGACCUUCAUGCAGAAAGGGAGCAAGUUUGACAUCAAGAGGCUGAUGGAUGACUCAGAGUUGCAGACGUGUUUCUGCGUGUUUGACGUGUUGCUAGUCAACGACCAGAAGUUUGGCAAGGUAACACUGAAGAAGCGCUAUGACACCCUUCAGACCGUUUUCACCACAGUCAAGGGAAGAAUGCAUCUGGUGCCAAAAACAGAAGCCAGGACCAUGCAAGAGGUUGUCAACUGCCUCAAUGAUGCCAUUGACAAGAGAGAAGAAGGGAUCAUGGUGAAGGAUCCUUUGUCCAUUUACAAACCUGACAAGAGGGGUGAGGGAUGGCUGAAAAUAAAGCCGGAGUAUGUUGACGGCUUGAUGGAUGAGCUUGACCUGCUGAUUGUUGGUGGCUACUGGGGGAAAGGCAGGCGAGGUGGCAUGAUGUCCCAUUUCUUAUGUGCUGUUGCUGAAGCACCUAAACCCGGCGAGAAGCCUUCAGUGUUCCACACGCUCUGCCGCAUCGGCUCAGGCUACACCAUGAAGGAGUUGUAUGACCUCGGGUUGAAGUUGGCAAAGCACUGGAAAGUCUACCGGAAAAAUGACCCACCAGCCUCCAUCCUGUGCGGGACAGAGAGGCCAGAGGUCUACAUCGAACCCUGCAACUCCGUCAUCAUCCAGGUCAAGGCAGCUGAAAUCGUAGGGAGCGAUAUGUAUAAAACCAACUGCACCCUGAGGUUUCCCAGGAUCGAGCGGAUUCGCGACGACAAGGAGUGGCACCAGUGCAUGACCCUGGCAGAUCUGGAUCAGUUCCGCAGCAAGGCGUCUGGGAAACUCGCCUCGCGCCACCUUCGCAUCGAUUCCGACGAACCGCAGAAGAAAAAGCGCAGGAUGCCAGUCAAGCCCAAAAAGGUGGUGGGGGUUGUGGAUCACUUCAAGCCCCAGGACCUCUCUGGAGUUCGCAAAGAGACCGAUAUGUUUGAGGACGUGGAGUUCUGCAUCCUGAAUGGGACCGAGAGCCACCCAAAGGCUGAGCUGGAAAAGGGCGUGGCCAGGUGUGGAGGUAUUGUGGUGCAGAACCCAGGGCAGGACACCUACUGCGUGAUCGCCGGCGUGGAGAACAUGCGCGUGAAGAACCUGAUUUCGUCCAACCAGCACGACGUGGUCUGGGCCUCCUGGCUGCUGGAAUGCCUGGACCAGAAGGAGGUGGUGCCAUGGCAACCUCGCCACAUGAUCCACAUGUCGCCCUCCACCAGGGAGCACUUCGCCAAAGAGUACGACAGCUACGGCGACAGCUACUUCGUGGACACCACCGAGCUGCAGCUGCAGGAGGUGUUCGGGCGCAUCGGCAGCGCCGACGUGCCGGCGGCGGUGGACGUCGGGCUGGUGGAGCAGCGCUACCACUGGGACGACCUUCCCACCAGCAUGUUCAGACCCUUUAAGGUUUACAUGGACAGAUAUGCCGAUAUAGGAGAGCCUAAGAGCGCCACACCCGGCACACCUCUGGACAUCAGAGCACUGGAGUUUCGCUACCAUGGAGGCACAGUGGUGCAGGAAUUAGAGGAAGGGGUCUCUCAUGUCAUUAUCGCAGAAGAAGCGAGACUUCUGGAUUUGAGGACUCUGCGGCGCUGCUUUAGGAAGAAGUUCAAGAUUGUUAGAGACUCAUGGGUGACUGAUUCAAUCGAAGCAGGUUACCUGAUGAAUGACACUGACUACUUGGUUUAGAGAGGUUUCUGGUCACAUACAUAGGACAAAAUGUUCUUUUAGCUUGUAUUUUAAUAGAUUUUUGAUGAGCAGAUUAGUGAUAGACUACACACUUUUAUAUAACAAUAAUGUCUCCAACAGGGAAAAUGACCAUUAGAGGUUAGAUAAAAUAAGUGCUUUAAUUAAAACUACACUCUACUAACUUGUGAUGUAGCUGUAAUGCUGUUUUAUAGCGUUGAUCAUUCUUGUGAAAAAAGAGUCAAUUUUGUGAGGAAGAAUUGUAUUCCUAUGCAAAUAUUGAGAUAUUUUGGGGGAAAACCAAGCUUUUCUGCCCCACUGAAACUGAGGUUUUAUUUUAAACACACUAUGAACAUUUUGGCUGAUGAGUCAAUGAACUGAUAUAAAGUGAUAUUGCACCUUAAUAAGUUAUAUGUGCUAUUAUACAGGUUGUAAUUAAGGGUUUUACCUAUAAUUUCCUGUGUCUUAUGUUUGAUAACUCUAGAGCAUGGCUUUCAUGGCACUAUUAAGUCCACAGACUUCAUUGUACUAAAAUGUUUUUUUGUUUUAGUAAUAUGUGCUUUUAUCUCUGUUUAAUUACGAAUUUGAAAAACUGAAUAAAUAUUUAGAAUUUUAAAAAUCCAA